AUGCUCUGCAACCACCCCCGGUUCACAGUUACUGAUGGGGUGGUUAAUGAUCCGAAGAAGAUGACCACGGAAGACAUACUCAAGUCUUUCAUGCUACAGUCCAACAACCUCAUGGAGCAGAACAAUCAAAGGAUGGAGAAGGUUGAGACAGAUGUACAAAGUAUGGCCACUCAUCUGAAGAACAUCGACACACAGAUAAGCCAGAUUUCCCAGACUCUCCCUCACUGCCUGCGACCACAUCUGAUACCGUUCUUGAGCCCAAGGCUACCGUGGCAGAGAAGGAAAAUGAGGCUUGAAAAGGAGAAUACUGGCACCACUUCUGGAGUAAAGGUGCCAUUCCCACAGAUGCCUAAGUACGCUAAGUUUCUGAAGGAGGUGAUAGCCCAGAAGACUAGUUGGGGGCAGGUUGACACUAUUAACCUAACUGAAAAUUGCAGUGCUCUGCUGCAAAGGAAACUGCCUGCCAAGCUAGCUGAAGGACCCUGGAAGUUUCACUGUCGACUGCCUCAUGGGGGCUAUAAGGUGGAAAAUGCUCUCUACGAUCUAGGUGCGAGCAUCAAUCUAAUGCCACUAUCGGUGUUCAAGCAACUGAACAUCGGUACUUUGAAGCCCACCUCAGCCACACUACAGAUGGCAGACAUAUCUGUCGCGUAUCCAGAGGGCAUCGUGGAAGACCUACUGAUUAAGGUCGGGGGGGAAUUUAUUUUUCCUGCCGACUUUAUGGUCUUGGACAUGGAAGAAGACAAUGGAGUCCCCCUACUGCUAGGACGUCCCUUCCUUGCCACUGUUGAGGCAAAUAUAAAUGUGAAAAGGGAGAUUGACAAUCUUCAUGGGAGAAGAAAGGCAAACGUUUCCCACAAACCGAGAAGCAUGGAUGGAAGAACUGAGGAGUGCAAGGUGGUGCGUCUGAAGCACCAAGUGACUACUGGAAGGAGGAGGAUCGAGUGCAGUAAGAAAAGUGAAGAAGAAGAAGGACUUUUAUGA